GCGGCAGGCCAACAGCCGCGAAGUUGCUAGGUAAUAAAGUAAGCUUUGUAUUUCUGCUACCAAUCAAAUAAAAGUAUAGACUUGUCCAAUCGUCGCUGUAUUUAACCAUAUACGGACAUAGGGUUGUACACAUGAACAGGAAGGAAAAAGAAUAGCGGUAGAAGGAAACCAAGUGAAGUUUUUUUGGAACUACGAAAUUUUAAAUUAGAUGUUCAUGUUCCCAAAAAACGGGACAUUUGUCAAAAAAGAGAACAAUCCUAUAAAUUUAGAAGACGAGACUGGUAAGUUGUCAAUGCCUUAUGUUAUUCACUUAAAAAUAUGUCUUUAGUUUCCCAUUAUGUGAUACUUUAGUUAUUUAAUCAGGGUUGUCAACUUUGGUCAGGUGGCUGGCGUGAGAUAUUCAAUUCGAGACAAGUCUGCACACGAAUCCACACGCAUUUACAUGAAUGUAACAGUUUUAUUAUCUUGUAAAUAGUCAGUAGGUUUUACAAACUACGCCAGUGCUUUUGAUGUAGCUAAUUUUAGGCUUAUAAUGGAACAAUAUAGAUUUGUAAGAUUUGUUGCGUGAGGGUGAGACUCUGAAAGCGCGAGUGUCACGCCAGAUGCUUGAGGUUUAGCGACCCUGAUUCGCCCCGUCUGCGAGCAAGACCCUUAACCCCGAGCAACAAGUGGCUGCCCUCUCGCUUACAGAGAGCAAGCUGGGGGAGAAUUUCCCCACGGGGAUCAAUAAAGUAUCAAUUCUUUUUUUAUUACUGUAUUAUAUUAUUAAUACUCUGUGUACGAUUUUGAUGGCUAAUGUUCAUAACGGCAGUAGUUUUAGAACAAAUUUUUAGAUCAAAUUCUCUCUGGGCACAUGUAAAUAUUAGCAGUUUAAUUAAAGCCUAUUGAAAAUGUAUUGCUAGCUUAAUCUCAUCAAUAUGGAUAGCAAGUCAUAAUAAUGUAAUAAUACACAGUUUAUAAAUGUAUGCAAAACAUUGAAAAACAGUUUAGCAGCUCUGUUUAGCAGCAUAAGUUAAAAUAAGAAAUAAGAACAACACACAAAAAGAGACAGCCAUCCUAAUACAGUGUGAGUGUCUGAGUACAAUGUGUACAAUAUGUCAGUCCGAGGUAGUGUGUGCUUAAUGACCUGCCCUAAGCAUAGUACUGCAUAGAAGACAGUCAUUCAACGAAGUGGAUAUUAUUUCACAGAAACAGGGUGCGGGAUGGGCGCAUUUGACUGCCUGUGGGUAAAAGGUUUUGUUCAGUCUCUUUUUUCUUGCGUCUGCCAGAGUGGAGGGGGGGGGGGGGGGAGAAAAGGUAGUGUCCAGGGUGUGACAUCUUUGAUGACGUUGCUGGCUCCCCGGUGGAGUCUGCCAGUGUCAGCUACAGAUCCUCAGUACACACUGCGCAGCAGUAGGUUAGGAGGCUCUCCAUGGAAGAGCGGUAAAAACUGGUCAACAGCUGUUAGGGGAGGUGGGCCUGACGCAUCUUCCUGAGGAAGUACAUUGUUUGUUGUGCCUUCCCCACCUGGUGAGAAAUAUUUGUUGGACCAGGUGAGAUCGGCGGAGAUGUGGACCUCUAGGAACUUGAAGCUCUCCACCCUCUCUACCUCUCCUCCAUCAAUGUAGAGGGCAGAGUCCUCAGCCCGCUUGGCUCUCCUGAAGUCCACUAUCAUCUCCUUGGUCUUGGAUGUAUUCAGUUCCAGGUUAUUACUGUCACACCAUUGCCUCAGCUGCUGGAACUCCUCCCUGUAAGCUGAUUCAUCGUUGUUGUCAAUCAGUCCUAUAAUGGUGGUGUUGUCAGCAAAUUUGACAAUGGUGUUUCUGGUAUGAAUGGGAAAUCAGUCAAAAGUGAAAAGGGAAUAGAGGAGGGGAUUGAGGAUGCACCCCUGUGGCGUGGCUGUGUUUGGGAUGAUUAGAAGAGGUGUGGUCUCCCAUCCUGACGUUCUAUAAUUUAAAGAUUUAACUAUAAUUUAAAAUAAAGUAAAACAAUUUUUUGUAACUCUGAAGUUGCAUAAUACAAUUUGUAAAGCCAUAAAAAUGCUUGUUCAAAUUGUGCUUGUCACAUAAUUAUCAUAUCGUUUGUUAAAAUAUUUUUAGUAUAUAAACAUCAAAGCAGUAAAAAAAAACUUAAUAAAAGAGUGCAAGGGUUUUAUUGGGUCCUUUAGGUCAUGAAAAGUUUAAGAUAAACCAACAGGUAGGGGUUGUGGCAAACAGCACACUACCCAUAUGCUGCCAUCUUUGUCUUUAUUGAAUGUCAAUAGAUUCCACAAUUUAAAACUUUAUUAUUGUUAUCACAGAAAAUUCAGCCUGAUGGCUCUAUCAAAACCUGAGACUCUUUCACUGGAGUGCAGUGACCUCCCUGAUCAGGUUCUCUUUGUGGGAGAAGUAACCUUGGGUGAGAAUGCCAGAGGCAUCAUGCAACAGAAGACCGAAAAGCAGAAGCAGAAACAGAGAAUUUUAAUGGCUGUGGUUGCCCUGCUCAACUCUGGUGGGGGUAUAGUCCGUGCGGCGGUCAAGAAUGACAACUACAAGUAUGACAAAGAAAAUUUAGGCCUGGACCUAGAAGAGGCUUUGAAACAGCUGGUUAAUCCUUCUGCUGUAGAAGAUUACUUUGGGUUUUUGCAAAUAGGGAUGAACUUUUUCAUUUUUGUGAAAACAUGGAGCUCCACUGGGGGUCGGGUACGUCUUUGUAGUAUUGACACCGGCCUACGAAUAAGAUCUGGAACAUCAGCUUUAAAUGUUGAAAAUAAUGCAGUAACGGAGUUCUUAAGGAAGAAGAUAAAGAGAAAUUUGGCAAAAGGACAAGGUGAUGAGUCUUUGGCAAACAGAUGCCGCUUCUCGUCUGGAGUUAGACCUAAUGGUCAGCAGCUGUUUGAAAGACAGGAAGUUCAGCUUGGAGAAGAGUUACCAUUUGGGGAGAGUGUGAAUGUGGAGCUGAAGAGUUUUAGUAAUGAAAAAAACCUUCCUACAAGACUUAAAGAAAUCAUUCCAAAGUACGUAAGUGCCUUUGCCAACACUGAUGGGGGCUACCUCUUCAUUGGUGUUGAUGACAAAACAAAAAAGGUUGUUGGAUGUGGCAGAGGUCUUAACAAGGAAUCCAUAAAGACAGAAGUCGAAGUCAUGUGCCGCAAGGUUAUCUCAGUUCACUCCUCAGGCUGCACUCAGGAGAAUGACUGCUCUGUGGAAGUCCGCAUCCUCGAUGUUCUUGGGGGAAAUGCCAGUGACCCACUAUAUGUUGUGGCCAUACACAUUCCAAAGUUUUGCUGCACUGUUUUUGAAAAAGAUCCGGAUUCAUGGCACCUGGAUGGAAAAGAUGCAGGUGACUGAUCCAGAUGAUAAGGAGUUAUGUGCACAGUUUGAGAAAGUGCUCAGUCAGAAUGCUGCUCCUCCAAAAUGCAAGCCAGUCUAUGGGAUCAGAGAUGACCACCUAAGUUCUUUGCAGCAGAAAUUGUUCCCUGUUUAUGAAGGAAAAGUAACAAUAAUCCCCAAUGACCUUAAAAAACAGCAAUGGGAAAAGUAUCCAAAUCUUCAAAACUUGAUGCCAGAAGACAGUCAAGGAGUCCUGAUUCUCUCCAACAGCUGGGCGGUUGAUAUUGACAGACCAAAAAACAAGGCGAUCAUUUGUGAAGCCCUCCUGAUCUGUGAACAGGAUUACCCUAAACUUUUCUUUAUGGUGGAAAAUGGAAGCUCUGGUCUGUGGGAAUAUGCCAAGGAUACUGCCUUCCAGCUCAGACAGAAGCUUGUGAAUCUUGGAGGCUAUUCAGAAUGGGUCUGUGUGAUCCCACAACUGGUGAACUGUGAGACGGGGCAGUUAAUACCAAGAGAUCAGGGUAGUCCUGAUACUGUGAUAGAGCAUCAGUACCCAGAGUGCUACAAGCCUGAGAACAUGGGGGUAGUGCGAGCCUUACUACAGGCCCUGGUGAUUGUAGUAAUGAGCUUCACUUCAGCACUCAGCAAUCAGUUAGGGCAGGAGAUAUUAAAUUUGCUCACAGUUGAGCAGUUCGAAAUCCUUCACUCAAAAUAUGACGUAGAGGACAUGAGAAAACUGUUUGUUCAUGGUUGUCCUGGGACAGGGAAGACUGUGCUGGCAACCCUGGCAAUCAGGAAGAUUAAAAAUACAUUUAGAUGUGAAACAAGUAAUAUCCUUUACAUCUGUGAGAAAGCACCACUAAAAGAAUUUGUAGGAAAACAGAAAAUUUGUUGUACUGUAAUACGGACAGACUUCUUGAAAGAAGAAUUUCCAGAUAUUAAGCACAUAAUUGUGGAUGAAGCUCAGAAUUUCCGCCUGGAAGAAGAAAAUUGGUAUGAAAAAGCAGAAAGGAUAGUGCUACCAAAGAAUGGUGUGUUUUGGGUCUUUCUGGAUUACUUUCAGCAGAGUCACACAAAAUUCAAUGGUUUACCAUCACCCUCAAGUCAAACAAAUAAAAUAGUUUUAGACAAAUCCUUGCGGAAUAGCGUGGCUGUACACAAUGAGGUUUGCAAGCAACUUGACAGAAUAACACAAAGCACAUUUUAUUUUGGGAACGAUGUAAAGAAUCACAUGGAGAAAAUGAUCAGACAGAACAACUGCAUGUACUUAUUUCAGGGUUUUUACAAAGAGAUUACUGGAAAAGAAAACUCCAUUUUAUCCAGACUGACGUCACUGGUAGAAAAACUGCGAAGUCAAGGAAACUCUCCAAAGGAUCUUGCCAUUCUCGUUUCAACUUUGGAUGAUGUUUCCCGAUAUCAGACACAUUUAAAAAGCACAACUGACCUUCCCUUGGGAUCCGCAGAGGAAAUAGAUGAAAAAGUGGUUGUUGUUGACUCAGUUUGCAGGUUCUCUGGUCUGGAGAGAAACAUUGUCAUUGUGAUUAAACCACUGGUGUACCACUGGUAUCAUCAUCAAAUAAAUGAACAGUUUUUGGUUUCGGCCAUCUCCAGAGCUAGAAUACAACUAUAUGUUAUUUCUGCUGAACAAAGGCCCAACAGUUGGAGCUAAGUCCGAGAAAAUGUGACCAUUUUUCUUGUCCAUCCUAAAUUUUCACCCAGUGUACCUUUCUACUGUAUUUGGUUAUUGAUAUGUAUAGUUAUCUAGCAUUCCAAGCUUUGGUUACACUUUACAUUAAUUGCACCUUCAUAAUGCAUUCGUAGAACAUUCAGUGCAUCUUAAUAAUGCACUUUCAUAAUGCAUUCAGCAGAAAAGGGCUGUUUUUGAUUGUCCGUGCAUUACUUUCAGCAGUAAUAGAGUUCCAACAUACUAGACGAUUAUAUUUUAGUGUUCUAUCACUAGUACCAUGUAGAUGGAGGAAUCAGAAUCUCCAAUUUGCCCAUAAUGUGUGAGUGUUGCCACGGCCUGACAUCCCAUCCAGGGUGUUCACCUGCCUUGGGCCCCAUGCUGCCUGAAAAAGACUCCAGGGCUCCUUCUGGCUAAGUAUGUAGAUGUAAAUGUGGCUGCUGGUUAGUUUCAAAUGGUCAUUGUCACUUGGUCCGCCAUAGUUUUUUUUUCCCCUUGAUCACAUACGGUCUUGGUAUAGCGCAAAUAAAUAUUCCUGAAAUCCUC